AGCUGAGACGUAGGACCAGAGAUCGCGACAAUACGUUUGAGAGAAGUGUUGAUGUUUUCAGUUGCAGUAUGAUAAUCAAGGAUCAACAUAGGUAAAAACGCAAGAAUGUCAACAGCAACAUGGUUUCCGUUCCUGCGCAAGCUGGCUUACUUAGUGGGAGUACAUGCUCUACGCUUACGAUCCUCUCCACCUCAUUCUGCAGUGCGGCCCGCAUUGUAUGGGAAACCACAACUACCGCAACCUUCUGUGAUACCACCAUUACAUGAUGAGUCUGAGUCGGACCUUCAUCGACAUGGAAAUGGAGAUCUACGGUUGCCUUCCACAAGUCCUGCGGAGGUACCUACAGAAGCGGCAUACUGUCCUCUGUGCCUCGAGGAAGAAGGGCCGCCAGCGACAUCGUAUUUGUCAGCCAGCAGCACUUCAGGUUUUGCCCUUUUUGCAGAUGGUCCGUACGAGUGUAGUCACAGGUUUUGCCUUGACUGUUUACAAGGCAAAGGUUUUCGAACGCCAAUCAUGCGACACUGCCCACAAUGCAGGGCAAAGUCCUUGGUGAGCAACUAUAUACGGGAUCCAGGUGGAGUCACUAGGCGGAUCGCUGAAGUACAUGGGCUCCAACAUGUCCAUUUGGAUGUGGUAAUGCGUAACAGCAACAUGGCAGCUAGCUCUGAUCCUUUCGUAGUUGUGGAUAUGGAGGGCGAAGGGACGAGGGGCGAACCAGAUCACGACGGAGCCGACUUCGAUGAGUCCUUCUACAUUAGGAUACUUAUUUUUGGAUACUUAUUUUUGGAUUUAGAAGAUGCUAGAUUCUUAUAAGUAGAAGGUCUUAAGUAGGUUCACUCACUCUUCUAACAAGUGCAGACAUACUCCUGUUACUCACGUUGGCCCAGACGAGGACUCCGAGUCCCCACUUGUUGACAGUAUUGGUCUACGUGAACAAGCAAGGGAAGACUUCUAUCGCUGUCGGCCACAACAAGAAGAGAGAAUGCUGCUACCACUACAGGAUCAGAGAGGAGCUCACAACUGCUGUUCAAAGGACCACUCGUCUACAUCUUCUUCUCGUCGAAGGCAAGACGAGGAAAUGCUGGACGAUGAAUUGCGCAGAGCAGUUCACAAACAAGCAAUGGGUUUCAUGAUGAGACUGCCGAAAGCUUUUGACCGCAUCGAAAAUACGCCUUUGUGUUGAGACAGCGACUGAAGCAUUCUCAGGAUGACAUCCUACUUGGUCUUUUUUUCAAGGGGAAAAAGGACCUCCCAGGAAUUAUGCUCGUCUCAACAGGGAUGCGAGGCGGUAGCUCUAAUUUUGGUCGGUCCUAGCAGAGUUCUAUCUCUCUCCCUCUGCCGCUUGUUUCCCGUUCCCUCCUGCGCAUCAUAGUCCUAGUAAAGCGCUUCCAGGAGAAGUCUCAAGCCGCAGCACGGAAGCGGCAUCUACUUCUGGUGCAGCUACAGCUAGGGCCACUACAUCAACAAGUAGUAGUAGUAGUAGUAGUAAUCUUCAUAUUACAAAAAUUCCGACUCCUAGUUCGACGAGCACUUCUCGAAGAACUACUACUAGCGGGACUAGCACGAGUAGCAGAGCACACAACGACAACGACAAAGGUCGUGAAAGAUGUAGUCGUGCUCGCACAGUCGUGAAGCAGAUUGAAAAAUUGCAGCAGCUGGCAUUGGAUCUAGCCGCGAUAGACCUGUGCAUGCGGCAGGAUGGGACGCAGCCUCCACCACUAGUCCUCAAUAGCGACGUUUUGACAGUCGAACGAGCUGGGGUGAAUGGUUCAAGGAAUUCGGAUGUGAUAUGUAGACCAAUGUUAAGGCUUGAAAAAGUCUAAGGACUUAUCUUACCCAGCAUUUUAGAAGCCCUGUUUGAUUUUUUAUACGAGAAAACGGAGGUCAAGAUGCUGACUAAGAGGGGUGAUCUACGGAAGGUCUAACAAUGCUAGAGGUUGUUUACAAUGACUGCAAUUUUGGAGGUUUUGUUAUCGAUGUUCGCAACAACAGAUGCGCGAAAUUUGCAGGAAUCAGUGAGAAGGUGAAGGGGAAUUUGCUAUUGCAAGCGAAGAAAAAGUCAAAGUUUUCUUCGGGAGAUGAAAGCAGAAGUCGAACAAAACGUUCUUCUACUAUCACUCCCUCUGAGGUGGACGAUGAGCAUGACGAGAAGCAUAGAGACGAUGGAAAAGAUGCCAAGAAACCAAGAAAGAAUAUCCUUCGGCGCCUUAAGUCAAGAUUGACCAGAGCAUUUACGUGGUACAGAGGACAAGUGCCUAAGGAACUGCUUGAGCAGUGCGAGAGUAUGGCAACAACAAUACUGAAGCAGAAGCUGGAAGAAGAGGCAUUACAGAUUGGAAGGGUAGUACAACAGCAGGAGAAGAACCAAGCAGAAGAUUUACAACAAGAGGACCAACAAGGAUGCGUGCAUGCUACAACUAACACUAAGAAAUCUAAAUCUAUAUCUAGCACAACGAGGACACACAGCACUCACACCCCGUCUGAAAAAGAAAGAAUUAGCGAAGAAAGUGCAUCAGCUAGUUUAGCAGUCACACUCUGGGAACUCCACGAGACGCGAGUUGCACCAGCACGGAAGCUGCAGAAUGCUGUUGCAAUAUUAAGCUUUGCGCUCUUAUUCCUGUGGGGAUUUGGAGUUACCCCGAUGGUGUUCAUAUCGUGCGACAGAAUGUCCCGAAAGUGCGUAUAUCUCAGCACUUCUUGGUCCAUUUGCGUCUGUGUUUAUGGUUAAAAGUAGAGGUCUAUGAACUUUUCGACCUAAAAAAUAGAACUUGAGCAAAACACACAUCCCCGCUGAUAAAAAGUUCAACAUGGACGAGAAUCUACGAAAGUAGACUCCAAAUAGUUUCAACUACUCGAAGACUUUAAUCUAUCUGGUUAUGAGGUUUUAGCUCUCUCGUCCUCUCCUAAGGUCUCGCGGUUCCAACUGCCAUCGCACAUGCAGGACUAGUGGAGGGGGCGUGCAGUCGAGCUUGGAAGGGUUUGAAAAAGUGUUGCCAACGUCGGAGGACAUCUCAAGAAGGCGGAGAAGAAUGUUCUUGCUGUUUUCCAUUUAUUAUGCUUGUUUUGAGUUGCUGUUUUCAACGUUACCUCAAAUAGUGCAUACUGUUACUUUUAUGCUCAAAAUUAAACAAACAAGUCAAACAAAACAACACACAAGAAAAAUGCAAUCUUUCCUCCCAGAUAAACAAUUAAAACCCUUCCCAAAACAAACGUAAGACAUACCCCUGGAUUGGGUUUACUACUACUACUACUACGACGACUACUAGGGACAUAUCAGCAUCACCGGUUACAUAUAGAUACUAAUGCUAACUCCGCGAACUAUUUUGGGUAAAGAAAGGAGUCGUGAAGGAAGACUGACGUAAAACGAGGUUCCAUGACAUGACAAAGGAAUGCUGAGUCACUCAUGACAUAUAUUUGAAUGUGUCGAGCUGCUCAUGUCCCCUAUGUAUAAUAUUCUCCUAUAAUAUUGUCCUCAUCAUCAUCAUCAUCAUCCUCCUCCUAUAUGCUACGAUACAGAUCCUGCGACGCUCAAAGCACUAAGUAAAGCAACCAAUUAGAAAACUUCACCUCUAUAAGUCUAAGUCUAUGAUCUACUUCCCGUCCAACAUAAUAUUGUCCUUGUUCUAAGAGACCCUGCGGAGGCGUGUCCUCAAACGACGUGUACAUGACUUUGACGGAAGAACAAGAGGUGGCACUCAUAUUAGAACGGGCUUUUUUAGGUGGUACUAGUAGUGCGGCACGAGGAUUUCCCGGCUCGGAUUCGACAGGAGAGCAGACGUGGAGGUGCAGGAUGCAAGAAGAUAUUAAAGAUGUUGAUGAUACAACAAGUAUUAAGGCGCAACAUUCAUUGCUCACUAUGAGGUUAGUCACUGAGAUCGAAGAGGAGACCCCUUCUUGAGAGAACCAAGAGGGGAAAAAGACGAAGGGAAAAGGGGAGAGCUUUGAAGGUGGUCUCUUCCGUUCAGCAUUAGCGACCACAGUGACUGCAGACCUUUAAAACAAUGGCGCACGAUGAUGGUCCUAGUACGAAUAGUGGCACUUUGAUGACUCUUACUGGUCGUGAUCAGGAACAUGAUCAGCAUGGAACAACAAGGAAUGAAGCCCCAGCACAGGAGACGGACGUUCCUCGACAAGACGUAGCUCAAUGCGAAACCGGUCGUGGAGUUAGCACCACCACUACUGGGGUAACCCCGUCCGCCAACGCAGGAGGAGAGGAUACGCUUUCGACUUACUCGACUUAAGUAAGACAGACACUGGUGAAUGUUGUUAGUUUGCAAGAUAUGACAGACCUCUGCUAGAUCAUGACUUUCCUCGUUCAUUUGAGUCAUCAAAGCAGAAUUCAUGGGGAAAUGGAGAAAGCAUAAAAGUGAAUGCAACAAAUGCAAUAAAUAAUUAAACAAUAACACUUGUUCACACCCGAUCCAAAUUUGAUCUGGGUAUAUCAUAAUCAUCAUCCAUGCAUGUACGAUGUGAAAGAUUUAGAGAAUAUAGCUGCUAAAUAUUGACUGAGAAUGUCGUUUUGUAGUUCAUGCGUAUUUACUUUUUUGGGUGAAGUCACUCAUCUUCUGUCCUUAUAGACAUCUUUGUAGUCCCAAUUAUGCACGGAUAGCGGUAGAUAAAGAGGCUCGUCUUUGUUCUUAGAAUUCUGAAGAUCUUCAUUAUCUGUGAAAUUUAUUGUUAAGGUAGUUCUCAUCUGUAGAAGUGCUCUUUUAUAGAUGACUUCCCAGUCGUAGUCGUCCGAGUCAGCUAAAGUUAAUGAAAAUGUAGUCGAAGAAAAUAGUAAAAUCACUAAUAAUAACGACUAUGAGCAGCCUUUGAAGAAACUAACUGAAAAAAUGGACGAAUUUGAUGAUAUCGAAAAUUUGAGACUACUAGAUCAUGAUCAUGAUUAUCGUUCUCACCUUGACAAAAAAUCCAAAACAAAAUGUUGAUGAUCUACCUUCACGAUCUAUGCUAAUGCUUUCCAGUAGUUGCAUAUUUCCAAUUGCUUCUUUCCUUUUAACAACAUUCAUGGGGAAUUCUAGAGUGAAUCUACUAAAAAGGAUCGUCUCAUUGUCAAGAGUGAAAAACGUCUCUCAAGAGGAAGAUCGGUGCUGCCGAGAGUCUUAAAUAUCCUCAAGAUCUGGCUUAAAUUUGAGUAGAAGAUCCAAUCCAAAAAAAAAAGUAGAAGAUCAAGAUCUGUAGAAGGUGGUCUUGGUCGGAAGAGAACUGAUUUUGACCAUGAAGAUAUUGGGGGCUGUAGGUGUCAAACGCGGUUCCAUGUGGUAGGCUUGCCCACCUGGUGUGCCGUUCUCUGUGGCUUUUGUCGACUACGCCCGUCUACGGGGAGACGAAGGCGCUACUACCUGACCCAUACCGUCGCAGGCUUAAGCUAAUUGUUGCACUUUCGGUCUGAUAGGCAAUCAGGACAAGAAUAUUGAGAAACAAGGAUCAGGGAAGAACAGACUGUGAUUUAUAGAGUUGUCGUGGUCGAGCCACUAAACCUUCAGAAACUACGUUGAUGUACAAUCUUCUGAUGAAAAACAGCUACUUUUUCAUAUGGAUCAUGUACAAUUCUGGUCUAUGAGAUGAAUGGCGAACCGUGAGAGGGC